ACAGAAUGGGUUCUUUCUGUACUUCCUUAGCGCGGCUUUGGUGCGACACAAGUAUGCAGGGUUGGCUGAAAAAUGCACUUAGUCCUACUCGGCCUUUGGUUCAUCAAAUGGAUGAAGUAAAGUAUCUCUCUGAUGAUCUGAUCAUGGAUUUCUUAUCUUUCUUACUGAUGCAUGGUCCGGCGACUCCGAUUCAUCCGUAACCACAAUCUGCAGUCGGCUGUUCAUGGUGGCGGGUUGGCAAGGUCGGCAGCGUUGCUGACCGGAAGCUGACUACCAUGUACACGUGUAACAACGGUUGGGAUGCACGAGCAACCUAAUGUACUACGGUUAUGCAACGCCAGUAGCAACGGUAGCGCAGCGUAACGCGGCCAGCGUAAGAGACCAUCGUACAUGUUUUUCUCAAUUAAUCUUCCCAUGGUUUUACCCGGUGCAAUUCGCUUACUGGGCGCUGGGCGGUCCAGGCAUCGGCGCCCCGAUCCCCCAGGACAAUAUCAUGGGAGCUAAUGCCGAUAUUGGUCUCAUCCGCGACAACGCUCCCCCAAAGUCACCAGGGCCCGCCACAGCAGCACCGGCCCCCGCCGCGGGUGCCACUCCGGCGCCCGAUGCUGCAUCCGAUACGAAACCCCCCAUGGGCAUCGUGGCAACACUGCCACCCGAUGCCAAGAAUGCCGCAGUCGCCAGCGCUAGCGCUGCCGGUGAGUCUAAGACUGCUCGCGAGAUCAAACUGAAAGGUCAACCGGCGAAAAUGGACCUCAAAGAGGGUAUCGUCAUGGCUGCUAAACACCAUGGACGGAAUGAUACCGUCCCGGUUAACAUUAAGCUGAAGACCAUCCUUCAGCAGUCUCUGGAACAAUUCGUCAAAACAUCAGAUCGAAAGACUACUAAAAAGUCGACCUAAAAGACAUGAGAAUUUUCCGGUUCCUAAUCUUUCGCAACAAGCCGAAGCCUUCCUUAGAUUCUACAUGUAGCGCGAAGUUCCGUUCAGCGACGAAUGUGGUUCUCUGUGCAGCCAUACAACCACUUUCCAUAUUUUGUACCAAUCUCUGAUAAUACUAUGUUUUUAGCAUUACAAAAAAUAAUUCGUGGAAACUGCUACAUAAUCUGCUGCUGUUACAUAUAUGUACAUAAUCCAUAUAUAGUAAUGUUAUGUUUAUAUAUAGUAAUAGUCAGCGAAACGUUCCCUUCGGCCUUUAAACACAUGGCCUUUAAUACCUUUUAAACACAUAUAACAGACAAUCAAUAUUUUUGCGCAUCAUGGAAAUA